UUAAGUAUCUGAUGGGUGUCCCAAUAUCAGAACCAGCUUCCUUUGCUUCUCUUAUCUCAUGUCUAAUUUUCUUCUCAUUCAAUUUUUCUUUCCUGAAAAUUCUCAAGAAAAUGAAAUGUUUCUGUGCAGAAAACAUGGGAUUAUGGAGAGAAUCUAGAGUCUCUCUUAAAAAACAUACCCAUUUACCUUUAUUUCCUCUCACGCAAAACAACAGCAAUAAAUGAGAAAUGAGAGAGGAGAUAAAGUUUACAACUUCAUGUCACUUCUCAUGUAAGUUUCGUUUGUUUCUGUGUGGAUUUCUGUAUAUAUCUCUCUCUCUCUAAAUCUUUCUUGAGAGAAUGGCCCAGCAGAUCCAAAAUCCUCAUUUCUUUUGCUUUUCUUGGUGUUUCCAAAAUGCCUACUUUAUUGUUUGGCUCUUUUGAGUUUUGAGGUCCUUAACUCUUUUGUUUUUUUGAUUCAUUAGCUUUCUCUGAACACGCCCACUUUGAUCUUUUGCUUCUUCUGUUGGUUUCUAGUGGUGUGAGUUCUUUCAAUGAGUGAUUCCUUCCUUGGUGGGGUUUCAAGAAUGGAUUGCUUUUCUUCUGGACUAUUAAGAAUUCUCUCAUAAAGGAGUGGUGUUACGAGGGAUAAUCCUUUACACCUAAGACAAGUUGAGAAUUAUGCUUAAAGUUUCAUGGCAAUGCUAGGAAUGCAAGCAGAAACACAGUUGUACUUCCCAGGAUAUUGUUCCACUAGGGAUCUUAAUUUAAACGCUAGUUGCAUUAUUUGGCCUCCAACUCAUGUUGACAAAAUCUCAAAGAAUGGACACUACUUCAAUGAGAACUUGGAUCCUUCAUCUCUGGUCCAGUAUUUGACUUACAAAGAAAGAUUGAAGCAAACAAUGCUCCAGCAUGAAGCUAUAUUUAGGGAUCAGAUCCAUGAACUCCAUCGCCUUUACAACAGGCAAAGAGAAUUAAUGGAAGAAAUGAAAAGGAUCAAGUUUCAUGGACAUCAUCUACAGCUGGAAACUCCACAUACAAAUCAAACCUCAUUGGAGUGUUUCCAUAGGACACAUGAAGUUUCGGCCUUGCCCUGGUUGAAUCCUGCUUUUAGUCUAUCCUCCAUUUCGGGUGCUGAAAACCAACAAAAUCAUUUGAAAUAUGUUGAAGAAAAGAUCAUACAGGAUGUUUUCAGUACUUUUAAAACUGAAGGCUCUAGAAAAGAAACAUUAUCAAUAGAGUCUAAGCACAAGAAAUUUGGUAAAAGGAUAUUGGAUCUGGAACUUCCAGCUGAUGAGUACAUUGGUACUGAACAAGAGGAAUCUUUAGGUGGGGGAACAGCUCCUUCUGAAGUGUCAGUUUAUCCUAUGAAAGCCAUUGCCAAGGAUCUGCAGAAGAGUGUUGUAGAAUCACUUCAUGGAGUUAACGAUGGUAACUUGGUUUUCCAGGGCUAUAAUAUGUCUCAAGCUUCAUCUUCUAGGGGAACCAAAUGCCUUGCUGAUUUGAAUGAACCCAUCAAGCUUGAGGAAGAAACAGAUCCUGAAUCCAAUGUUUUUCUAGGUCCUGUGCCAGACCUUAGAUUGGUUCCUGGCCAGGAUCUUUCUGCAAAAAGAAAUUCAGACUUCGGAGCUCAACCAAAGGAGCUCAUCCAAAAUACCCAGACUGGAGCAGAUCCUGAUUCUUUCUCAAGUAUGUUACACCUGGACAGGGAUGAAGGUCAACAGGAGUGCCGAUCUGAUAAUGAUGAUGCUGUGAAAGGUAGCAGUGAAGUGAAUUCUUUCCCUGAAAAGAUUUUUACAGAAACACUAUCGGAAGAUGUUGAGACUGAGCAACUCCAUGAAAAGCACAUUAAGCGUUCUGCGGAUCCCAAAUUUACAAGGGAUAUAGACCUGAAUUCCAUGUAUUGUUCAGAUGUGGCCACCCACAGUACUUCGAUCACCAAUGGAGAAGAGAAAUGUAAAGAGUCAACAGGAGGCUUACCUUUGUAUAGAACAAAUCCAGCACAGCUUGUGAAACCCAAUAAAACACUCCACUUGGAUUGCAAUUCUAUGCCUGACUCAGGAGAACAGCAAACCACAAAUGACCGAGUUUUGGGAAGCAAACAUGAUUAUAUGUCCUCAGGCUUUGUAUUUCAUGUUGACCUCAACUCGUGCAUAAAUGAUGAUGAUUCUUCACCAGUUACCACUCUGUCCAAGGAAAUUGAUUUGCAGGCUCCUGCAAGCCCAGAAAACAAGGAAACUUCUCCGCCUAGAGGAGAAUCAGAUGAAAAUCGACUAGAGAUGCCUAGUGAACUUCCAAAACAAGAAACUAGGGAUCUGCUAGAUGAUCUAAUUACAGUUGCAGCAGAGACUAUAAUUUCCAUUUCGUCAUCUCAGGUUCAAACUUUUUCGGAGAUAAUGACUUCCAAACCAUCUGGAGCUUCUUCACACAAUGAUUCUCUCUAUUGGUUUUCCAAGAUAGCAUCUUCUGUAGUCGGUGAUCCAGAGAGUGAACUUGGUGUGGUUUUGAGUUUUAGGAACACUGAUUGUCAUGAUGAGUAUCUUUCUGAUGGGCUUGAUUACUUUGAAGCCAUGACAUUGAAACUUAAGGAUACAGAGGUAGAACAGUACUGUUGUAAGACCAAAAUCUUAAAUGAGGAAGCAGCAUCUCCACCUUCAUUUCCUAUUCAGGGUGGGACAAGAAGACGGAGGCAGCAGCGGAAGGACUUUCAAAGUGAAAUUCUCCCAAGUCUUGCCUCUUUGUCAAGGUACGAAGUAACCGAGGAUCUUCAGGCAAUAGGAGGUCUAAUUGAGGCUUCUCAUCAAAAUACAGGUGCCAGGAGAACGGGUAGAAAUGGGUGGACAAGGGGGAGGAGGAGGAGGCCUUCAACAUCUUCUGCCAAGGCAGAAACCUCAUUGUGCGCACUGUUGAAGCAGCAAACUUCAAAUGGUGAACCCAGCAUUGAGGAGAGCGGCCUAAUAGGCUGGGGGAAGAUAACAAGACGGCGCAGGGGGCAGAGAUGUCCUGCCAGUAAUCCUGGGAUAAUCUUGAGUCAAGUAUAGUUAAAACACUUUGCUUUUAUGAUUUUUGGGGUAAGUUAAUAGCAAGUGAACCAUGACGUUAUCUUGUACAUGAAGGUAUUAUAUGUGAUUGAUAAUUGGUGAUCGUCACAGAGGAAAAGAACAAAAAGAGCAUCUCAUUUAAGCCUUUUGGUUGAAUUUAUAGUGAGCAUUGCAAUGGAAAUGCUUGUACAUUCUGUUCA